AUGAGCGAGCGCAACGACCGCGAUAAAUUCAAUUCGGCGCCCGCGUCCGGAAAAUCGGUUUCUCCACCGGCUUCCGCGACAAGCCACACCGCGAUGACUAAUGACGCCAAGCCGCAGCGGAGAAGCCUCCUGCCAGGCACCAUUCCGUCUGUGGCGCAGAGGAGAGCGGCCUUUGAGCUGGCCAUCAGCAGCAGCCUCCAGCACGACCAGAGUCCGCCGUCGGAGGGCAAGAAGCGGUCCUUUCGGGGCCCCGGCAAGCUUCGCAAGUCCCUCAGCAAGCGUCGAAAGGAGAACGACCCGGUCUCGCCCACUGCCAAGAACAAAGGCGCAUUGUUGAGUGACGGGAAACGUCCUCUGGAGUCCACACCAGAAGGUAAUCCUGCAGAGCGAUCAAUUGAAGCGCCAAUUGCGCAUGCUGAGACUGGCUCAGAAACAGAACUCUCUCCGUCAAAGCCCGCGGCCACCAGCUACUCCUCCAAAUUCUCCUUGUCACGCUACUUGUCCAAGUCUAUACGGCCCAGCGCCCGUCUCAGAUUCGGCCCUGCGGAACAACCCGAGCCGUCACCUUCUAACCAACCCAGUCACACAUGCGAUGAUAAUACUAUUAUUGAAGAACCGACACCUGAUGCAUUAACGCCUACGGACGAAGCCUGCGAGCCGGAGCCCACUCCGAAACCAGUAGAAAAAGCUGACGGUAUUUCAGUCGUUUCGUCUCCCGAUACGGUCGCUUCGUCAGCCAAUGCUUCCCUCUUCGACCGUAUCUUUAGUUCUUCCCCCCGUCCCACGAUAACACCCCCUGCUGCGCCGAUUGUGCUGCAAACCAACAAAACCAUGCCUGGCGAAAGCAAGGAAGAUGGUGGCUUCGCGCUGCCUCGACUGGAAGAUCUACUACGGCAUCCCGAGGAUCUAGAUAAGAUUCCCGCUCUGAAGGCGGAAUAUACGAGAAAGAAGGCUGCGAUAGAUGCGCAACUUCGAGAUGGCCUAAGAGAUCAACUCGAAACGGUGCAGCGGAGUAUUAACCAGCUCAAGGAGAGCCAGAAGCUAGUGAUGGAUACGAGAGCUGAGCUACGCGAUAUUGACAGAUUGUGUGCUGAAUCGCAAGCAGCUGUGGGUGACUUUGCGCAAAUCGACAAAUUAGCUCGGAUGCACCGGAAUUUUGAAGCGACAUUGAUGAUGAAACAAGGUCUCGAGAGUUUCCACAGCGAUUUGGCCGAAAUUGAAAGGCUGCUACAGGAAGAUGAUGAAGAUCUAGAAAACCAACCUAAUCUACUAAAUGCACAUAUGGCGAUUACACGACUGAGAGACUUUCGGGAUGAAGCCAUGGAUCAGAUCUCGAAAUCCCCAGACAGAAGCAGUGAGGCGACACUGGUCGAAUGGUUCCAGGGCCUUGACCCUGUCAUUGAAUGGUUUGAUGACCAUUUGGGUACUGCUUGCAUGAAUCUCAUUCAGUUGGUGCAAUCAGAUAACCGAAGCAUGGUGGUCAGACUUGCCGUGGUGAUCCACAGUGAAGAGAAGAAUGAUGCCAAAGUCAAAGCGUUGCAGGAAGCGCAAAAGGAUCAUGAAUACUUGGCCAGCCGGUUCAAAUCCAUGAAUAUUGGCCCAAAAACGAUCAGAGGAUAUAAAGAGAAUUUCUUGAAAGCUAUCGAAUUUUAUGCCCAGGGCCAAUUUGAAUCUACCAAGGAAAUUUUCCUGGACGAUCCCGAUAAGUUGGAGAAAAGUUUCAAAUGGUUUUUUAACGAUUUAUUUACAGUGCGAGAAGGGAUGCAAUCUCUCAUGCCUAAGAAGUGGAAUAUUUACAAAACUUAUACCGAUAUUUACCACCGGAUGAUGCACGAUUGGCUGAUUCAAUUUGUCGAUGAUGACCAACUUCCUGCCGCGAAUAUGCUUGCUAUUAUCCACUGGAGCGAGAAAUAUUACACGAAAAUGGCGAAACUUGGCUGGAAACAGGCUGACCUCGUUCCAAACGUGAUAGAUGACCGAGAAGGCGAACUGGUUCGAGAUUGGAGAAAUCUAAUUAUCAAAGCACUUGACGAGUGGAUGGAGCGUAUGUUUGUUACGGAUAAAAAAUCCUUCCUCGAAAGAGAUGCCGAAGCCCUGGAUACAAAUCCAGAUGGUUACUUCCGCAUAAAAACCCUCGGAGACUUGUGGCGUAUGCUUUAUGAACAACUUCUUGCAGCUGGCGCUUCACAAAGGACGGAUGUUGCCGAAGGUGUUGUUGACGCAAUGUUCCGUGCUUUAAAAAAUCGGCAGUCCGUCUGGCAGACCAUGCUUUCCGAAGAAUGCGCUAAAUAUAAAUCCCCGAACGGCGAUAUUUCAGACAACAAAGGCUUCCAGCAAUUACAAGAUUGGCUUAUUGCCGUUGCGAACGACCAGAUUGCAUGUAUUGACGAUAAUGAUGCCUCCGGUCAAGUGGGCUACCUCACACGCUUCAGACGAGAUUUCGAGCCGUUGGUCACAGAGAAGUACUUGAUUACACGCGCGGAUCUAGAGCUCAAUGCUCUUCGGGAUGGUUACGUCGAUUUCAGCACCAAUUGUAUCGCCCUAUUCAUUGAUUUAAUCUUUUCCGUUGACUUUCGUACCACCCUCCCCGACUUCUUUACGCAAAAAUGGUAUGGUGAAUUUGCGAUGAAGCGUAUGAUAUCUACCUUUGAGGAUUACAUGUCGGACUACCUCUCCAUGAUCCACCCGUCCCUUCGUGACAUUCUCAUUGAAGAACUGUCCGACGAACUCCUUGUGCACUAUCUCUCAUGUGUUCGUAACCGCGGCGCAAAAUUCCGCCGACAGGACCCCUUUACAGAUAAAUUUAAAGACGACAUCCUCACUAUCUUUGCAUUUUUCCAACAAUACCCCGAAAGCUUUGCCAGCACGAUCAAAGACCGAUGGAGACUGGUCGAUUGGUUGGUCAGGCUACUUGAAGCGGACAAAGUCGAAGUUGUGACUGUAUAUGAGGAUUUUAAGAAAGAAUACUGGGACUUGCAGCUUUCCUGGGUUGAGGCCGUACUGAGGUCAAGGGACGAUUUUGAACGGUCAAUGGUCAGCGGAGUCAAAGCCAAGGCUGCAGAGCUGUCGGUGGAGCGAGGAGCGGAGACUAUUAUGGGGAGAGUGAGAUGA